AGCUACUGAUAAGAACCAGGCGGAUCUGUGGAUUCUGUGCGUCUGGGGAAAAACAUUCCAUUCUUUCAGUCUUGCUUCAUUUAUCAUUUGAAACUGAUCGUUCGCUUCACUGUGUGCUGAAGUCACACGCUUCACUAUGAAUUAUUGGGCAUCAACUAUCCUGAUUGUAAUCUAUCUGUCGCUAGCAUCCUCAAAAAGCUACAAGUGCUCAAUCGUCAACGAAGCUGGUUUCUGUUUCUUAGAGAAUGUCAUCGUCAACGAUCCCAUCAGUGCCCAGCACUUGGAAUUUCCGAAACAACAAAUCCUGCUCAUAAAAUCCGGUUCAAUUCCGAACUUUUCAAAGGAUAUGUAUACCCACUUUUCCGGAGUGCGGCUACUCCACAUGUACAACAAUACCGCCAUUCGGAAGUUUCUGAUAGCCGUCAGCAAUCUCACAGAAAUUAAUCUGCAACGAAAUGGUCUUCUCGAGUUCGAAGUUGAACCCACCGAAUACCGAAAUCUGAAGACGCUCACCAUCGUUCACAACGCCAUCAGCGUCAUCCCGAAGAACAUCCGCUAUCUGGAAGGUCUGGAAAAACUCUUCCUCUACAACAACUCGCUCGAGUACGUUGACCUGGAACUGUUCACCAACGCCACCAACCUCAAGGUUCUCUCACUGUACGACAACUUCAUCAAAACGCUAGACUCCAAGCUGGGGCUCCGCUUCGCCCACCUUCAAACCCUAUCGCUCAGCAAGAACAAACUAUCCUUCAUCCCGUACUUCGCGGAAGCCUUCCCGGCCUUGAACGCCAUCUCGCUACGCAAAAACCCUUGGAACUGCCGCUGGUUGGAGUUCUCAAUGGGCCACAUCGAAGCCCGAAGCAUCCAGAUCGCCCGGAAGGACACCGUCUGCCGGUACCUUUGGGUGGGGGACAUCUGCUGCUACCGGACGGUUGUCGAUUUUCUGUUCCAAGCACAGGGCGAAGAGCUGCGGCACGAUCGGGAACAGCUGCUGAAGCUGGCACAGGAGAACCGGGAGCUUAGGGAGCUAGUGCAACGGUUGAAUGAGAGUGUUAUCAAGUUGGAAGAACGAGUGGUAGAUAACAAAGUUCUUGGUGGUGUGUGAUUUGUUGUGAUCAUUAGCUGGCGAUGGAUGAUGUGUUAGUUAUUAAUAAGUGAUUAUCUCAUUGAGUGACGAGGAAAGUGACGAAAAUUUUGAUGAAUGACGAUCUUCCUUGACCUGUGGACUACAUUGUGCUGAACAAUAUUUGGAACGUUACUUUCAUGUCAAAUAUAGUAUUUACUAACUUUUUCAAAUGAAAUCAUUACUCUAUUUCAAGCACUGAACGAGUGGAAGACAAAAGGAAAGUAUCAAAGAUGCACAGCCAAGCUAGAAAACAAUCAUAAAUAUGUCGACGUUUGUAGUGGAAGUAUAGAUAAUAAUAAAUGAAAAAGAAUAAAACUACAAGUGCGUAGGCCUUGAGUGCUUGUUGUUCAAUCCAUAUAAAUCUUUUAACAAAGCUCAAACCGUAUUUUUUGUCAAAGAGAAAAAAAUCACCAAGCUUUAGAAGGGCAACAACGGACAAUAGCGCCCCUAAGCAAAUAUCAGAAUUUGAAAAUGAUAAAUGUUGAAAUGUAUGUACUUUCGGUAUACGGAAUAAAAAUGUGGACGAAAAACAAAUUUUA